CAUCUGACCACUAGAGGCGCUUUGUUGUAGGGUAGACCUUGUUGUAGCAUAAUCGAAAGUAAACUGACAAAAAUUCUCUUGCUUGAAUUAUAUUUGAUCUUUGUUAAAUAUAUAGACUUGUAAGUUGUAAGGUUGUUGGAUUUCCCAGAUUUAUUUGAGGUUUUGAAAACGAACGAAAAUGCCAGUGGCUCACAAUGACGCCCAUGGUCGGGACAAAGACGACAGUGAAGGAGAAGGUGAGCACGAAGAAAUGGAUCAUUUAUCUAUUCCUCACGACAGCGACAAAGGAGGAACUUCAGAUGGAGAUUCCAGUGAAGAUUCUGGGUCUGAGGACAGUUCUGAAAUGGACGAAGAUGAAUGUGAAAAUAGGAGAAGCGAAUGCCUUGAUGAUAUGAUUGAUCUUGAAAAACAAUUCUCCUUUCUCAAAGAACAGCUGUAUCGAGAAAGAAUUACUCAAAUUGAAAAUAAACUACAAGAAGUUAUGGCAGAGCAAGCUGCAGAAUAUCUUGGUCCUUUAGCUGAUCUUAGAGAGGCUGUGGCAGUGAGAACUCAAGUUGCUGGCAUCUUGAGACAACUUCGAUUAGAGAACAUAAAAAAUAAAGCAGUGGCUGAAGAAGUGGCUGCAACACAAGAUUUUGAGUCCAGGAAAGCACUUUUAAUGGAUGCGAUCAAAGAAUCUUUGAAUGAAAAAAUUCGUCGUUUGGAAGAAGACAGAAAUCAGGUUGGACUGCUCGAGUGCGACUCCUUCUUAAAAUCCCGAUCACUUCACAGUUUUGGAUCAAGCCCGUUCCGCAGCGAUGAUAAGGAAUCAAAAGAAAAAGACAAGAGAAGAAAACCAAUCACUGUGACAGGACCUUACAUAGUUUACAUGCUGAGUGAUGCCGAUAUAAUGGAAGACUGGACAAUGAUCCGUAAAGCUCUAACGGCAACCAAACGCAAAGAUUAUCCACUCUGACGCGUAAAGAUAUCGUGGUACACUUGUAAAUAAUCAAAAUCCAUUUUCUCAUCCUCAUUGUCGAACGUCAUUUCAACAAGUACUGGUUACAAAUACACGGCAAGUACAUUGUUUA